AUGGAUGUGGAUGUGGAUGUGGAUGGAUGGACCCAAGAACUGUCGGUCGCUGGUAGCUUUGGGUUGCUGGCUCUGACUUGGAGAUUGCCCUCUCUCGCUCUACCCGGUAAACAAUGGAUGUGUCUAUCCGGCAUGUUCCCUUCAAAACAACAGAUGAUGCGAAAGGCGGAGCCCCCAGCUCUGACUGUGAAUGGGCUGCGGGGACAAAUCGAAGCCGUCAAACUCCGCUCCAAUGAGGCGUUGUUCAAGAUUCUAGCCUCGCAAUUCCUCAGGACCAUGUCGCACUGCAGCCUUCCAUCCAUGGAUCCAAGCAAGCAAGUCACUUGCUGCUUGUUGACGGCAGCCGAAUCGAAAUCCUUGUUGCUGAGGAUUCCCCAAUCACGGGGCGUCAUCAUCAUGCUCGCAGCAGGAAAAAGGAACUGGCGGGACAAGGGUUCACACUGGCUGAGAUGGGAUGCCGGGACAUGCGAAAAUCCAUGA